CGCUUGCUUGCCUUCACAUUUCACAACUUUUGCUGCGGUUUCAGGAUCUCCGGCUGUCUUUAAUAGGCUUUCGAUUGCAUUCUCCUUCUUAUCGAAAGACGAGGAAACUAUUAAAGAUGGCCAAUGAAGCAAAGCCGUGUCCCUGUGAUAUCGGUGACAGGAUGGAGUACGGGGGGCUCGGCCAGGAAGUCCAGAUAGAGCACACCAAGGCUUAUGUCGUGAAGCCCUCCGCUGCAUCUGACAAGGCUAUCAUCGUCAUACAAGACAUCUAUGGGUGGCAGUUGCCCAACACCAGAUACAUGGCUGAUAUGCUUGCAGCCAAUGGAUACAUUGCUGUCUGUCCAGAUUUCUAUGUUGGGAAGGAGCCAUGGAGUCCAACACAUGACUGGUCCACAUUUCAGGAGUGGCUUGAAGACAAAAAGCCCACCAACAUCAACAAGGAGGUGGAUGCUGUGCUGAGGUUCCUGAAGGAAAAGUGUGGGGCCAAACGUAUUGGAGCAGUGGGCUUCUGCUGGGGAGGGGUGGCCACACACUACCUGGCCCUGCAGUAUCCAGAGGUCAAAGCUGGAGUCUCAGUCUAUGGGAUUGUCCGAGAGAAGGAGGACAGGUAUGAACUGAAAAGUCCAACGCUGUUCAUCUUUGGGGAAAAAGAUGAUGUUAUCCCACUGGAUCAGGUGAGCGUCCUCGAAGCCAAACUAAAGGAGAAGUGCACAGUUGACUAUCAGGUGAAGAUCUUCCCUGGUCAGACUCAUGGGUUUGUUCACCGCAAGAGGGAGGACAUCAACCCUGCAGACAAACCCAGCAUUCAGGAAGCCAGAACAGACAUGCUCAACUGGCUGAACAAAUACAUGUAGGUCAGCAGUAGGGGACCUAAUGACCUGCAGCAAUUGAACAACCUCUUGUGCCUUUUGCCAUAUUUGUAGACAUAAUUACCAGUCAAAAGUUUCUGAACAGCCUACAUUUUAGCAUUUCUGGUUAAAUGCCAAAUGUGCUCAGUGUAAAUACCUUUACGUUAGAAAAUAUAAGCAAGGAAUAGGUAUAAGUGAAGUAAGAAAUGUUUGUGGCUGGAGAGUUUAUUGCAAAUGACUUCAUCACUUUAAUGAGGCACCUGUAGUAGACCACAUAUUUGUUUCAUAAUUGAUUAUAGCUUGAGAUUUUGGUUUUGUCAGUUUUUUUCAAUCAUUGAACUGGUAAUGAAAUUAAUUCACACUAACAGCAAGUUAAGCACAGAGGAGGCAGUGUUGUGGUUUUGGGGUGUUUUGCUGGCUACAGUGAUAGUGACCUGCACCGAAUGACUGGAAUCCUGAACCAAAGGAGCUAACACAAUAUUCUUCAGUGGCGUGCCACACCCUGAGGUUUAAGACUUGCUGAGCAGCCUUUUGUGGUACAGCAGGAUAAUGACCCACAGUGAAUCGUAGGAGUAUUAUUCAGAGCGAUAAUUUGCUGGAGAGCUGGUGAUUGUUACCAACAACUGGAACACAAUGGAGCAAAGAGCUGACUACACCCACCACACUUUGAUUUUUCCCGCAGAUCUGGAUAAUGUCCUCGUACUUGGCAUACUUUCCUUGGACCUUUGGAUACAUGGGAAUCAGGCAUUGUAAUAGUAAUGAACUGUGAGAAUUAAAUUAUGGACCAAAACUUAAUUAGCACUUUUGCAUGGAUGCAGUAAUGUAUAUCUUAUCCAGUUGCAAACUGUGUGAUUGAAAGCUUUCAGUAACAUUUGUUAGUGUAUGAAUCCUGCUACAUUAUCAUUCGCGCAUACAUGAUUAACCAACUGGUUUUGUUUGACGUUCUCGAGUUUUGAAAUGCAUAAUCAAUACCCAAUGAAUAAACACCCACAGUGAACAAAAGAACAAGUGAACU